AUGGUGGAACACAGCGGCCUGGAUAUUAUGUGCCUGAACAAGUACUGCCACAGUUCCUCCUCGUCCUCCAGCUCCGAGCAGGACAAGAAGAUCUUCGCCAAAUUAAAGCUCAGCUUGUCGGGGGACUACCCGAGGAAGAACGCGGAGAUCCUCAGCGGUCAGUACGGGACCAAUCUGCUGCUGAUCGGGGCCGCGCUGAUGCUGGCCAUCGCGCACCAUGACCCCUUCGUCAAGGAAGAGCACUUUCUGUCCUUCGUCACCUGCCUCAUGAGCCUGCAGCUGAUGUGGAUGAUGUGGUACAUCCUGGUGCGGGACAGACAGAAGAACACGCGGACCGAGAAAGACGUGCACGCCACCACAUGCUGGAUAAGAGGUGGUUUGACUGUUCUUGCACUCCUCUCACUUAUUAUGGACGCUUUCAGAAUCGGGUAUUAUGUUGGCUACCAGUCUUGUGUGUCGGCUGUGCUCGGGGUAUAUCCGGUCAUCCAUGCAACUCACACCAUAAUGCAGGUUCAUUUUCUAUGGUUUCACAUCAAGGACGUCAUCAAGAGCUUUGAAACAUUUGAAAGGUUCGGUGUAAUCCAUGCAGUCUUUACAAAUCUCCUCCUGUGGUGCAACGGUGUGAUGUCAGAGGCCGAGCACUUCUUGAACAACCAUAUGAGAAGACUUUCUGACCUGGGCUAUGGGAACCUCACCAUAGUUCACUCGGAUCCUCUCUGUAACUGCACCACCAGCACUUGCUCCAUGUUCACCAGCAGCCUCUACUAUCUCUACCCCUUCAACAUCGAGUACCACAUCUUUGUCUCUGCCAUGCUCUUCGUCAUGUGGAAAAACAUCGGACGGACCAUUGACCAUUCUUCGAACAGGAAAAGGUUGGCCACCAAAACCCGAGGCCUGUCCGUGGGCCCUCUCCUGGGUCUGCUAGCCCUGGCCAGCACUAUCGGGAUCCUGGUGGUCUACAUCACCCAUGUGGAGUCCCUUCAGACACGUCAGUCGGCCAUUUCCAUGUUCUACAUUUACGGCAUUGUCAUGCUGCUGUUCAUGUGCUUUGCCGGGGCUUUAGGUCUUCUCAUAUACCGAGCGGACCAUAUACCACAGGACACUUCCAAGAACCCGUCGAGGCAGCUGGACACAGAGCUGCUGUUUGGAUCCUCUAUCGGCUCCUGGCUCAUGUCCUGGUGCAGCAUUGUGGCUGUGAUGAGUACCAAUAGCAACCCUCCUUACCUGUGGACAAACUUCCUCUACUCUCUGCUGAUUGUGCUGGAGAAGUACAUGCAAAACCUCUUCAUCAUAGAGUCUCUUUACCGCCAGCAAGGGGACAGAGAGAGGGAGGACCCAGAGUUACCGUCUGCUCCCGAAAUCUUCUCCGUCACCUCCUCUUUAGCUCCGCCGUACAACGGCAUCAUCAACCGAGCUUAUGAGACGCCAGAGAAAGCCUGCGUUACCAUGGAGAACGAGCAGGAGGAGAGCGGGCAGGUGUACAGAUGUCCAAGGAAACCCUCAGAGGUGCCUCUGCCUAUCGGGAGCAAAGUCGUAGAGCCUCCAAAUAUAAAGAGGCAAAUCCUGAAGAACCUUUCUGUCUUCCUGAUAAUGUGCAACAUCUCUCUAUGGAUCCUUCCCGCCUUUGGCUGCCGGCCACAGUACGACAACGGGCUGGAACAGGAGACUUUCGGCUUCAGCAUAUGGACGACAGUUCUCAAUUUUGCCAUCCCCUUGAACCUUUUCUACCGUAUGCACUCAGUUGCCUCCCUCUUCGAGGUGUUCCGCCGGGUCUGACGUAUUUGGCAGAUGACUGACAAUGCCAGGUAACAUGCACAGGAACACUUGUCACCACCAGCUCCCCGAGGGUGUCUCACAGCGCAGGUCAACCGUUCAGGAGGCAGUCAGGGUCACACUCCAACAGACUUGAAACCAAGCCACGCAGGCAAACAAAAACGUACAUCCCUCGGUGUGGAGAUGACAGAAGAGGACGAACCUGUUCACCUUUGUUCCUUGAAGAAAUGCCUUGUAAAACACAGGGUCUAUUAAA